GUGCGGAUCCCCGAGCGUGCGGAUCCCCGAGCUUGCGGGCGGCGGUGCGGCCGGCCGUGGUCCUGCAGCUGCGACCGAAUCUCUGCCCUGAGACGUCCUUGAGCGGAGAAGCAUGAAUCGCAGCCGCCAAGUGACGUGCGUGGCCUGGGUCCGCUGCGGUGUGGCCAAAGAGACUCCAGACAAGGUAGAGCUGAGUAAAGAAGAAGUAAAACGUCUCAUUGCUGAAGCAAAAGAAAAAUUACAAGAGGAUGGUGGCAGUGACGAAGAGGGGACAGGCAAUCCUUCAGAAGAUGGCAUGCAGAGUGCACGCACACAGGCACGACCAAGGGAGCCCCUGGAGGAUGGCGACCCAGAGGAUGACAGGACACUAGGUGAUGAUGAGCUGGCCGAGUAUGACUUAGAUAAAUAUGAUGAGGAGCGGGAGCCAGGUGCUGAGACUGUUGGUGAAUCUCUGUUGGGUCUUACAGUGUAUGGGAGUAAUGAUCAAGAUCCUUAUGUUACUCUGAAAGAUACGGAACAGUAUGAACGUGAUGAUUUCUUGAUUAAGCCCCGUGACAAUCUCAUUGUUUGUGGCCGAGCUGGAAAGGACCAGUGCAAUUUAGAAGUGCAUGUUUAUAAUCAAGAAGAAGAUUCUUUUUAUGUACACCAUGAUAUACUUUUGUCUGCAUAUCCUCUGAGUGUGGAAUGGCUGAAUUUUGAUCCCAGCCCAGAUGAUUCUACUGGAAGUUAUAUUGCUGUGGGAAACAUGACCCCCGUUAUUGAAGUAUGGGACCUUGAUAUAGUGGACUCUUUAGAGCCAAUCUUCACACUUGGAAGUAAACUUUCAAAAAAGAAGAAAAAGAAAGGAAAGAAGAGUUCCUCUGCAGAAGGGCAUACCGAUGCUGUCCUUGACCUCUCGUGGAAUAAGUUAAUCAGAAAUGUGCUGGCAAGUGCAUCAGCUGACCACAGUGUGGUUCUGUGGGACAUGUGCUUAGGGAAACCAGCAGUUAGCUUUGCUGUACACACAGACAAGGUCCAGACUCUGCAGUUUCAUCCAUUUGAAUCACAGACUCUGGUUUCUGGAUCAUAUGAUAAGUCAGUGACUUUGUAUGACUGCCGAAAUCCAGAUGAAAGCCAUCGAAUGUGGCGGUUCAGUGGGCAGAUUGAGAGAGUGACUUGGAAUCACUUUUCACCUUAUCAUUUUUUGGCCAGUACAGAUGACGGCUUUGUAUAUAAUUUGGAUGCACGUUCAGAUAAGCCAAUUUUUACACUUAAUGCACACAAUGAUGAAAUCUCUGGUCUUGAUCUAAGCACUCAAAUCAAGGGCUGCCUUGUGACCGCUUCAGCAGACAAAUAUGUGAAGAUCUGGGACAUAUUAGGAAAUAGGCCAAGUUUAGUUCAUUCUAGGGACAUGAAGAUGGGAGUUCUCUUCUGUUCUGCAUGUUGCCCUGAUUUGCCAUUUAUUUAUGCCUUUGGAGGUCAGAAGGAAGGGCUUCGGGUCUGGGAUAUAAGCAAAGUCUCUUCAGUAAAUGAAGCAUUUGGAAGACGAGAGAGGCUUGUUCUCGGCAAUACAAGAAAUUCAUCUAUCAGUGGCCCUUUUGGGAUCAGGAGCUGCGACACACCAAUGGAAUCUUAAUGAAGAUUAUAUAAUUUCCUGUUUUGUUUACCUUAACUCAGAGUUUUUAAAGCUAGACUAAAAAUGUUCCAUGUGUAGCCAUGCAGAGUGAUGGAAACAAAAUCCAUUUCCUGCUGCUUGACAUUCCUUUCUGUAACUGUGGCUGCAACACAAACAGAGCCAGUCUUUGUGAUUCCAUUUCAAAUGGACGUUGUGUAGGGCUCUUGUUGCAUUUCUUUAAAAGGAUUAUAAAAAAGUUUUUUAAAGGUAAAUUCCUUAAAUAUGCCAUCUGCCACAGGUAAUCUAGGUUUGUCAAAUAGGUGGUAAUUUAUAGAAUUUUAUGUUGCCUUUCUUUUUUUGGUGGCUGGCUGGUAUGGGGAUCUGAACCCUUAGACCUUGGUAUUAUACUACUGCUCUCUGACUGAGCUAACCAGCCAGCCCUAAUUUGUAGAAUUGUAAAAGGGGUAAAUUCCAUAAGCUUAAGAGAUAGGUAAACCUAGGCCUGGAAAAGUUGUAACUUGGCUCUGAUUGCACAGGAGGACACAAAAAAGAGGCAGGUGUCCCAGAGACUCCACUUUCCUGACUGUUCUCAAAUUAAUGCUCAUGAUUUAGAAGUGUUCUCAAUGCCACUCUUACAGUUUGGUAAGUAAAUUAAAAGUGACAUGUCUUGUUUUCCUAGCAUGAUAUUCAGUGUUAUAAAAGAAGAGGCAGACUGUUAGUUCAUUCAUUCUCAAACUCUGAGAGCCUGUUCUAUGCCUAGUGCUGUACAAGGUAUGGGGAGGUUCAGAUCCCAUAUGGGGAUGGCCGGUGCGCUCACUGGCUGAGCAUGGUGCCGAGGGUUGUGAUCCCCUUACCGAUCAAAAAAAAAAAAAAAAAAAAGAAUUGAGGGCCCUAAAUAAAAUUAAAUAAAAUAAAAAUUAGUUUGGUUUAUGACACCCAACCCUAAUAGAGUGGAGGAGCUAUCAGUUCAUGAACUAUUAUUUCUUUUGUAAUUCAUGAAUGUGACUUCAAUCAUUUUGGUGUUAAUAUUGCAGAAUGUCAUUGGUGUAGCAAUCUGGGUUCACCAAAGCCCCUCUCUCUAGAAAGGACAGUAGAUUGAAGGAUGGAGUAACUAUUGUUUCUUUGUUUUAUUUGGCUUUUAGAUAUCAAAACAAGCCCCAGGUCACUAAAAAUUAAUGACAGCUAGAGGAAGACUUCUCAUAGUUUUAAACUCAAUAGUUAAUUUUCUCUCUAAUUUGAUGUCUUCUCCUUUAAAGAAUAGCUCUAACAAAAUGCAUUCUUCUUGGACUUUGAAUUCUGAGGAAAAGACUGUUAUGUGUAAAAAGUAAAGAAUUUCACUGUU